AUGAAGAUCGCCCUGUGUAAGAAACAGCCCAAGAAACCUGCCAAAUCUCUCGACGACUCAGUGUACUGGAAGAGAUUCGCCAACAAGAGGGGCGGACUCUCGGCAGCGACUCCUUCUGCGUGGCCGAUGGGGUCCCUCGUGCCCGAGUACGAGGACGAGCCCGAGAAGGAGGAGCAGGAGGUCCAGAUCGAGCUGACGUCGACCUUCAGCCAAGUGACGAGCGAGGUGCGCUACAACUACGUCAGCAGGGCCUUCGAGCAGGUGGUGGAGCGCGACUCUCUGCUGAGCCUGCUGGAGCUCCCGUCGAAGGUGCUGAGGAAGGACGAGGCGAGGGGGGGCGUGGCGAGACUCUGUAGGCCUACCUCGCCGGAGUCUGUGGACUCUGACCUGGACGAGGUGGUAGACAACUCCCGGCGGGCGAUGGAGGAGCUCUACGGCGGCACUGUGUCCAAGGAGGAACUGGCUCGCAUCGACGCCCAGCCGAACCCCUUCAACUUCAGCGACCGCGUUUCCCUGACGACCAAGAUUCCUAUGAAGCCGAAGCCGAGGCACCCCGAGCCGCUGGACCUGCCUGGGCUGCCGAGAGUCGCCAAGGUGCUGGAGAGGAUGGUCGCGCAGAAUAUAUAUGAUGACAUCGCGCAAGACUUCAAGUUCUGGGAGGACGCGAGCGACGAAUACCACCCCCUCGAGGGCUCCCUGCUCCCCCUCUGGAAGUUCAAGUACGAGCAUUCCAAGUCGCUGCUCGUGUCGGACAUCUGCUGGAGCCCCGUUUACGCAGACCUCUUCGCUAUCUCGUACUUGUCGUCAGGAGUGGACGGCGGAGGGGAGGAAAUGGGCGGGAUGCUGUGCCUUUACACCCUCAAGAGUCCGUCGACGCCCGAACGAGUCUUCCGCACGCCCUUCGGAGUCGUCACGGCCAGGUUCCACCCUCAGCACGGCAGCAUGCUGGUGGCCGGGCGGACCGACGGCUCCGUGGUCGUGUAUGACGUCACGGCCCCGCAGCACGCCGCUGCCAUCUGCUCGUCGGCGGUCAAGGGGAAGCACCUCAUGCAGGUCACUCAGGUAAGAUGGGUUCGCACGCAGCCGGGGGAGGAACUCAGCUUCUUCUCCGUGUCCCUGGACGGCCGAGUGACGCAGUGGCACCUCCACUCCGCCUGUCUGGUUCACAGGGACGUCCUCGACUUCGCCUCCUGCAGACAGCCCACCAAGCCGCACUCUUCGUCGGAUAAGGUGGUUUUGGAAGGAGCGGCCACCUGUAUAGACUUCCGCCCCGACCACGAGAAUAUAAUGCUUCUGGGAACGGACACAGGGGCGGUUUUCCAGUGCUCCGUCGCCUCCACCACCCACACCCUCUUUCGCUAUCCCGCCCACACGUCCCCCGUCAGACAGGUGUCCUGGAAUUCGCACCACCACGGGAUCUUCGUCACGUGCUCUCUCGACUGGAUGGUCAAAGUGUGGCAGUAUGACUCCCCCCUCAUCCAGCUGGACCUCGGCGGCGCGGUGGCUGGGGUGACUUGGACCCCACACAGCAGUAGCGUCUUCGUUGCGGUGACUGACGAGGGGCGUGUACACGUGUACGACUUGCAUGUACGUAAAUGCCAUCCUCUGUGCGUACAGGGCGUGGUUCAGAAGAAGAGGGGCGUGGUCACCUGUAUCGCCUUCAGUCCCUUUCAUCCCGUUAUCCUUGUGGGCGGAGACAGGUAUUUUUGUAAGGUUGUGACGAUUGCUAGUAAGGAGUAUGGCAUGUUAUGGUUGUAUGGUUAG